AUGGAUCGUUCUGCGAUGACUGUUGGGCCAGGAAUGGAUAUGCCAAUAAUGCAUGACAGUGAUAGAUAUGAAUUGGUCCGUGAUAUUGGGUCGGGGAAUUUUGGAGUGGCUAGGCUCAUGAAGGACAAGCACACUGAGGAGCUUGUUGCUGUGAAAUAUAUUGAGAGAGGCGAUAAGAUAGAUGCAAAUGUACGAAGGGAAAUUAUAAAUCACAGAUCAUUGAGGCAUCCCAAUAUUGUCAGGUUCAAGGAGGUCAUACUAACCCCUACACAUUUGGCUAUUGUUAUGGAAUAUGCUUCUGGAGGAGAGCUAUUUGAGCGGAUUUGCAAAGCAGGACGUUUUGGUGAAGAUGAGGCACGCUUCUUCUUCCAACAACUUAUAUCAGGGGUUAGCUACUGUCAUGCAAUGGAAGUAUGCCAUCGUGAUUUAAAAUUGGAGAACACAUUGUUGGAUGGUAGUCCAGCUCCUCGUUUGAAGAUUUGUGAUUUCGGGUAUUCAAAGUCCUCUGUACUACAUUCACAACCAAAAUCUACAGUCGGUACCCCUGCAUACAUUGCUCCUGAAGUUUUGCUUAAGAAAGAAUAUGAUGGCAAGAUUGCAGAUGUGUGGUCCUGUGGGGUGACCUUAUAUGUCAUGUUGGUGGGUGCAUAUCCUUUUGAGGAUCCAGAGGAACCUACAAAUUUCCGCAAGACAAUUCAUAGGAUUUUAAAGGUCCAGUACUCAAUUCCUGACUAUGUUCACAUAUCUCCUGAGUGUCGUCUUCUAAUCUCAAGAAUCUUUGUGGCAGAUCCUGCACAGAGAAUAACUAUUUCUGAGAUUCAAAGUCACGAGUGGUUUUUGACAAACCUUCCGGCGGAUCUCAUGUUGAACAACACAAUUAGCAACCAGUUUGAGGAGCCUCAUCAACCAAUGCAGAGCAUUGAAGAAAUCACGCAGAUAAUCAAUGAGGCUACAAUUUCUGGAGCCAAAACUCAAUCUCUCAACGAGUAUCUCACUGGUAGCAUGGACAUGGAUGACGACGACAUGGACGAGGACGAAGAGACAGAUCCCGACCUUGAUAUCGAUAGCAGUGGAGAGAUAGUUUAUGCAAUGUAA